AAUAGCUCAUUGGCUGUCAGUGAGCUGCUGUGAAAUUGCAUAAUGAGGGAGCUAUCAGGCUGACUGCAGGUUUCCUGAAGGCAUGCGCGGCUGCACUCUGCUACUUAAACUUUUCUGAGCAGUCCUGAAGUAAGCCGAGCAGCUGCUUUUACAACAAAAAUGUUAACUUUGGUGUUCACCAGCCUCUUCGCAGGACUCCUGGCGCUGCUCGUCUACCAGAGGGUGGCAUACCCCUUCUUCUGGGUGGAUUUGAUUUAUUACUUGAAGCUUCAGAGGUACAGAAAGACGCUGCAGGCUCGUAUGCAGCAGGGGAUCAUCACAUACCUCGACUCUUUCCUCUACCAGGCGAAGAAGAACCCGAACAAACCCUUCAUCAUCUUCGAAAACCAGACCCUGACAUACCGGGACGUGGACCGUAGGAGUACCCAGUUUUCCAACGCGUUCAGGACAGAGGGGUCUCUCAAACAAGGAGACAUUGUUGCCCUGUUGAUGUUCAACGAACCGGACUUUAUUUGUGCGUGGUUGGGACUCUGCAAACUGGGCUGUGAGGUCGCUUUUCUUAACGUCAACAUUAAAGCCAAAAUCCUGCUGCACUGCUUCCAGAGCUGUGGAGCCAAGACGCUGGUUGUUGGCGCAGGUACGCACCGUUUCCUCAAGUUUUUACGCAGUUUAAGUGACGCAAAGUGAGAAACCUGCUCACUGCAGCCUGGGUUGGAGUAGAGGAUCUCCAAAAUAAUCCUCACGUAGUUUUUCUACAGCCACUCCCCACCACAACGAUGGGAGGGACUGUAAUUUAAAGCACAUUAAGAGACCAUUUAGAAAGUCUCCUGCAAUUAUAAUACGCUCAGGAAGACAUAAUUAGACUACUGUUGCCUUAGCAGGGCCGUACAAAGACCAGUUGGGGCCCCUUCCACCUUUGAGAUACCAAAUUGUGGUCUUCAAUCUCAAGUUUAACCAAUCCUUUCAGAAAGUUGGGAUGCUGUGCAAAACAUUGAUAAAACAGCAUUUGAUAGAAGACCACCAAUGGAAUGUUGUAACUGAGAUUUUAUUGUAAUGUGAAAUAUAGACACUCAUUUAAACUUGAUGUCAGCAACAUGUAGUUCCAGGGUCCUAUUUCCUAUUGUGUGUCAUCAGCUCUUCUUUUACCAUCCCUCUGUAAACAUUGGUGAACCCCGGAGACCGGUUUCUAGAGUUUUAAAAUGAAAUGUCCCAUUCUUGUCUGAUAGAGGAGUUCAGCUGCUCAACAAUUCGGGGUCUCCUUUGUCCUGUUUUUGGUGUCAUGAUGCCCCAAAUGUUUUCAAUGGGGGACAAGUCAGGACUGCAGUCAGGCCAGUUUAGCAGCAGGACUCUUCUACUACAGAGCCAUGCUGUUGUAAUCCCUGAAGAAUGCAGUUUGUCAUUGUCUUACUUAAAUACGAAGUUGUAGAUAUUGUUCAGCAUUAAUGGAGCCUUUACAGAUGUGGAAGUUACCCAUGACAUGGACACUGAUGAUCCCCAUAACAUCAGGGAUGCUGACUUUGAACUGGGAGCCGAUAAGAAGCCGCUUUAGAGUAGAGGAUGCAGCAUCCAUACAUCCAAAAAGAAUGUCUAACUUUGAUUCAUCAGGUCUCUAGACUGUUUCGUGCUUCUUCCAGGUCCAUUUAAAAAAUAUGUUCACUGACAAUGUUUUUUGGAAGUGACUUUGAGUCCACGCAGUGAUUUCCACUACAGAGUCCUUUCUGUUUUUAAUGCAGGGCUGCAUGAAGAUCAGGACCAUCCAGUCUUGGUUUUGGUCCUUGUCCCUUUAGUGCAGACAUUUCUCCAGAUCCUCUGAAUCUUUUAAUGAUAUUAUGUUCUGUAGAUGAUGAAAUCCACUCAUUUUUUCACAUUUGACACUCAGGAACAUUUUUCUGAAACUGUUGAACUGUUAGCUCACACAGUCUCUCACAGAGUGGUGAACCUCUUCCCAUCCUUCCUUCAGAUAGACUCAGCCUCUCUGAAUGUCCUUUUUAUACCCAGUCAUGUUACUAUCCUGUUGGACAUUAACCUCAUUAGUUGGAGAUGUUGCUCUAGCUGUUUUGUUUUUUGUUUUUUUUUAGCAUUAAACAACUUUUGACCUGUUUUGUUGAUCCUCUGACAACUUUAUAGAAAAUGCUGCUGCCAUCAAAUUUAAAAUGAACAUACAUUUUUUGUAACGUUUUUCAGUUUCAGUAUUUAAUAUGGUGUCAUUUUCAGUUAAACAUAGACUUGAAAUAAUGAUAUGCAAACCUUCACAUUAAGUUUCAUCAACAGUUUAGAAUAUGUGUGUGUACUGUAUUAGCAUCGGGGUUGUUUGAGAAACAUCUUUCGUCAUGAUGCGGUUAGAUUAGCACUUGGAUUCUAGUUUUAAAGUGUAGUAAUGAUAGUUAUGUUUCCCCAGAAAUCCUGAUGAUGAACGUGAAUCAGCUUUAUUUUGGAUUAAUUUACGGUUUGUAAUUUAAUAAACUACAAAAGUUAAGACUUCAGUGUUGAAAACCUGUGAGAGACAACUUAAGAUGAACAAACUUUAUUAUAAAGCUUUACCGGUGAACAGUCUCUACAGGCUUCCAGUGUUAUCAGUUUAUCAAUUUAUGCUCUAGAGCAACAGCAUUGUCGAGUUAUACAGUGUGAUCAAUGAAACGAUAAGAAUUAUUGGGAUAUUAUUUUCCUGCAUACUUUUCAGCUCCUAAUUUGUUCUCCUCGGUUUUUCACCUCAUUAUUCUUUAGCACAAGGUCUCUGGGUUAUCAGCAGUUGCAGCAACUGUAACACUGUUAUCUUUAUGGUUAGAGUUAAAGUUUCUUACUGAUAGUUGAUGUGCAGAGAGCAAAGUACCACAUAGUGACUUCUCAUGUCUAUACGUACAGAGGUGUGUUAAUGGCUCAGAAUCGGGAGGAUAUGAUCAUAAUGACUUUUUACCUGAUUUCCUCCAAAGUCAAAGUCUGUAAGAUGGAUCAAGGAAGGUGUUGUCUCAGCAUCACACAUGAUCCAACUACCAAGAACACCUGAGAGUACGAUUCAGUCCCAAUGAGAAAGAAAUAGUGAGUUAUGAAUGACCGAUACACAGUAAAUCAUAUAAAGCACAACCCCAACUCCCAAAAGUUGAAAGAUUGUGUGAAAUGUUGAUAAGAAUAGAUGGUUUGCCAAUCAUUUAAAACCUGUAUUGUAUUGAAAACAGUGGGAAGAUAACAAAUCAAGUAUUACAACUGGAAUUAUUAUUAUGACUGGAAUCAGAACAGAGGAUGCAAUGUCCGUGAUUUAAAAAAAGCAUGUCAAAUUCCACACAGACCACCGGACAGUUUUCUUCUUCCCCUCAGUCUUGCUCAGGUCCAGAAAAGGCUCCAGUUUUUCUGGAUCGUAUGCAGAAAUAUUGCGUGCACCCUCUCUCAGUUGCGUGCACCCUCUCUCUUGUGGGUGCAACAUCCUCGAUAUCCAAAAAGAAUGUCAAAUUCUGAUUCACUAGACCACAGGACAGAUUUACACUUUCCUUCAGUUCAUCUUCAGAUAAGAUAAGAAAGGAUGGACUUUAUUGUCCUAGUGGGAAAUUUAUCUUGGACUUCACAGCGCUCUGAUACAACAACAAAACAUACCACAGCGCAUUCACAGGCCAUAAAACAAUUCGACUUGGGCACAAGUCCAGAGAGAGUCUUGUGUGUCUGGAUCAUCUUUAUAUUUAUUCUCUUCUUUGUAUGGUUCAGUUUUAACCUGCAUUUGUGGACGCAGUGACUUAAAGUUUAGAGUCGUAUCUAUUUUUAAUGCAGUGCUACCUAAAGAUCAGAAACAAUCCAGUAUUGGUUUCUCCAGACUCUCUGAAGAUUUUAAUGAUAUGUAGGUCUGAAUGAGUUUAAACAUCGCAACUGCAAUCAGAUGGGCAUGCGGUAUAGUCUUAUCACAGGAUGUGAGAUAUCAGUGAUAUGACCUGAAAAACAUUCAGGAUUAAAAUACUAUUACAGUCAACCUGAAAUCACGUUCAUGCAGCCCCUCACUUGAACACACAGAUUCUCUAUCUGUGUGUAUUAUGAUGGUAGAAUGUGAACAUGCACAUCAUUCAAGAAGCUGCUACCAACACAGAUACCUGGAAAAUGGAAAAUUAAGGGAAACAGAUUUUAAGAUGGAGUCGCCAUGCUCUUUAAUUUUGUGGGCAUGUACACAGACUUUUCAAUGAACAGGACUACAGAGGGUUUACUUUUGGCAUCCACAUCUGCAGUGCAUACAUUUUGUUCGAUAAGAAGUCACCCGGCAGCUUUAGCUCACACUAUGUUGCUGCAGUUUCUGGUUCAGCACUCAACGUUUUCGGCCUCUUGUCCUGUGUCUCCUCAGUUGCUGUAUCGAAUUGAAUGCUAAAAUUCCAUUAAAGAUCCAUGUAUCCUGAAUAAAGAUUCCUAGCUUUUAGGGGAAAUUCCUGCAAUAAAAAUGUGGCAUAGCAUAAAUCUACAGGAGGGUGCAUUCUGGUUCAAGAGAUCAACAUUAGGAUCCUCUGAAUCCAAACUGCUCCAGAGGAAAUGACAUGUUAGUAGGACCUGCAUGUAAACAGUGCAGGAAUGCAAAAAUCAGAUGAUCAAUCUGUGAGAUUACAUUGUGUGUCUGUUUUUGCAGAUCUGGUGGGUUUGGUGUCAGAGAUUUUGCCUGAUCUGAAGAAAGACAAUAUGAGUGUUUGGGUGGUGGAUCACUCUUCACCAUCUGAGGACUUCAAAAGUUUACUGGAUAAGGUGGAAAACAUGUCUGCAGAAAACUUAAGUGAGCUUCCAAAAGUCAACGUCAUGUCCAACUUCCUCUUCAUUUUUACUUCAGGAACCACAGGUAAGUGUGUCAUUCUUUAAGUAUCUAAAUCACCUUUGGGAGAUUUUUGUUCUUUUCACUGAAUCAGAAUAUCUGAGUAAAGUGCCAAGAAGAAGAAAAAGGUAAAUCAAAGGGAAAGCCUUUCCGACAUUUAAACCUCAGUACUCUGAUGCAAACUAAUAAAUCUUUGUUGUUUCAUCCCUUACAAGUUUUGGGUCAUUCAGUAUGUUGAUUAUUUCUGCAGAUCUGGUAUGUUUUUUUUCUUCCAGGUCUCUCUAAGGCAGCCCGUGUGGGUCAUCUGAAAGCCAUCAUGAGCAUGGCAUUUCUGAACAUGUGUGGAGCCACGUCCGAUGACAUUAUCUACGUCACUCUUCCUCUUUACCACAUGUCUGCAUCCCUGUUAGCCCUUGGAGGGUGCAUACACCUCGGUAAGAACUUCACUCUACAUGUUUUUACUCAAGUCCUCUGAAUAUGUAUAUAAUAAAACAUUGGAGUCUGUUUCAGCUGCUGACUGAAUACAGUGAUCCUUUCAUACUGUGAAGGCUGAAGUGUGAAAAAGAUUUUGUACCUGCAGCUUCUAGUUCAACUUCCUUUUGUCAUUUAAAAUAAGUAAGCUGGACCUUCACCUCUCUGUGUAAACACUGACCAGAGACUGUGUCAACUUGUGUCCCUGACAAACACACAAUUCCUGGAAGAUUUACUGUUAAAUUCACAACAUUAUAUUUUCCAAACACAAUGCCAGUGGAGGAAACCUUCAUGGUGACGGAUAUCCUCAAAACAAACCUUAAAGGAAUUCUCACUUCCCAUAAAAACAAAGCAGAGGAAGUUUCUCUGUUUUUGACUGAUGCCACUUAUAGUUUUUGACUCUUUUUUUGUUCUUUCAGGAGCAACAUGUGUGUUAAAGAAGAAGUUUUCUGCCAGUCAGUUCUGGAAGGACUGUGUGAAACACAGAGUGACUGUGGUUCAGUACAUCGGAGAGCUGCUGCGAUACCUGGUCAACCACCCAACUGUAAGACGAAAAUAAACUUAAAAAUCAAUCAAUCAAUUUUUGUAUAUGAAGCAGCAAUUCACAACAAGUGUUCAUCCAAGACUUUACUUACAAAGCCCCAGUGUAAAGAUGGGAUCAGAUUAAGCCCCAUCUUACAAGAUCAGACCCUCUCCCAUCCCAUCUUCAACCACCUGAGUGAAACUUUGCAGCAUUUAGUAAGUUACAGUGAAGAGGAGAAACUUCCUUUUUCACAUAGAAACCUCGAACAGAACCAGAACCAUGUUAGACAGUCAUCUGCUGAGACUGCAUUGGGUUUAGAGAGGGGAUAGAGGGAGAUGAAGAGAGAGAGGGAUGGACAGAGGUAAAACUGAUGCCCUUCGUUGAAGCAGCUGUAGAUCAGAAAAGUUUUUCAUCCAAAUGAAUGAUUUUUCUCCAAAAAAUGGAAUGCAGAUUGUGAAAUUUUAUGAUGAAAUGUGAUGCUAUAGCUCUAUAUCUGACCAUUAUUGUUGCAACAGAUAUAUUAGUGUUUAGUUUAAAUCAUGAAAUCUGCUUUUUUGUACCAUGUACCCAAAAGUCAAAAUUCUGUCAUGAUCCCGUCUACAGGUACCAGAGGAAAAAGCUCACAGUGUUCGUCUGGCAGCAGGAAGUGGACUCAGGUCAGACGUUUGGAGGCAGUUUGUGAAACGUUUUGGCAAAAUCAAGAUUAGAGAAGGUUAUGGUCUUACGGAGGCCAGCAUCGGGUUCCUCAACUACACCGACGAGGUCGGCGCCAUCGGGAGGGCGAGUUACUUUAAUAAGGUGAGACAAUCUUCAUAACAAAUGUUAUCUUAAGAUACUUUACCAAGAGAUUUUCUUUGUAUCUGAAUCCAGCAUGAACAGAGCAUUUUGUGAGUUUCAGUGCAAAACUGCUGUAACAUGCAGAAAACCUCAAGCAGAACCAGGCUCAUGUUAGACAGUAAUCCACCGGGACCUUGUUGGGAUUGGAAAAAUCAUUAGAGGAAGACACAGAAAAAGAGAGAUGAGCAAAGAACCCUGGGGUACAGAGGAGAGCAGUACCUGUGAUAAUCCAUAAGACACUGGUACAACCAGACACAGAACAAAAGGAGGACUUGAGGUGGAAAUAUGUCUCAGAGUAAGAUCAGUUCUGAUUUCUGUUUCAGCUCUCGAUGCCCUUUGAGCUCCUGAAAUAUGAUCCACAAACAUAUGAGGCGGUCCGCACAGAAUCUGGGAUGUGUAUACAAGCAAAAACAGGUAAAAAAAAGAAACUCACCACCUGCAGAGUCCUUAAUGAUUAGGGAAUAAAUACUGUGUGAACAGAGGUUUAUAUAUUUCUCUUUGUCAGGUGAGGCAGGGAUCCUAGUAGCCCCUCUAACCGUCAUGAACCAGUUUCUGGGCUACGCUGGGAAUAAAGUCCAGUCUGAGAAAAAGCUGCUCAGAGACGUCUUUAAAACCGGAGACAUUUAUUUUAACACUGGAGACCUGCUGUUCCACGACCACAGAGACUUCCUGUACUUCAGUGACCGCGUGGGGGACACGUUCAGGUAGGACCUCGAACUGCACCAAUAAAACUGUGAGAAUAAACUACUUGCAAAUUUCUCUCUUUUAAUCAAACAAUUUUCCUUUAUUGACUAAGUGAUUAAUGGUUACUCACAUUUUCAAGUUUAGAUUCAAUUUUUUUAAAUAAUUCUAAAAAAGGGGAAACUCAGUGAUCAAAUGUACACCCACUGCAAACAAACUCAAAUACUAGCAGGUGCAAUUUUUGUGAGGAGUUUUUUUUUUUUUUUUUUUACAGCAAUAAAAAUGACUAAAAUGUAUACUGAUCCUUUUUGUGAUACAAAAAAGCAAACACGACCAUGAGUGACAAGACUGAUGAUUUUAUUCAGUCAUUUUUAAAGCCUGAAACCUCAAUUUUUGCCAUAAAAUAUUCCCCAAAAAUGAUAUAUGUGACUGUCAAAAAUCAGUAGAGUUAGAUUUUUUUGUCCAAGGACACAGUGUAAGCAUGUAAACGAUAAGAUGAGCAGAGAUUGCUGUGUCCACAGGGGGCACCAAAAUUGAUAAAGACUAAAAGUUCCACUCUGGAGCUUUAAUGGAACCGAAAGUGAUCUGCAAAAUCGGGAUAUAAACAAUACUUAAGAAUAUAAAUAGCCAAAAAAGGGUUGAUCAUGAGUGAUAAAUGGCUGCUAGCACAACUAAACUAAAUUUUCUCUUCAAGUUUCUGAAAAUAAGUGUUGUUUUCUCUGUGUUGUUGUUUGUGUGUUAUCUUUGUGUUAUCUGCAGGUGGAAAGGAGAAAAUGUGUCCACCACAGAGGUGUCUGAAGUUCUAGGUGCUCUUGAUUGUAUCCAGGAGGCAAAUGUCUACGGCGUCUCUAUCACAGGUCUGUGGAGGUUUCACUCUGUCACCAACAAUCAUGUAUAAUGUACUGUGGUGCAUAUCGAAAGGGUCUGAUUUGUUUCAGUGUUUUCAUCUUUAUUUUUUUGGUUAAAGGCAUUUCAGUUUUUAAAUUCUGUACCAUUAUUCGUGCACAAAUGUGGAAUACUGGCAUUGAAAUUAACAACUUACCUUGUAUGUUUGCAUCACCUUUUGUGUGUGUUGUGGGUGUGGAUUAUAUCUAAGCUAUAACAAGUUAAAGCUGCACUCUCAAACAAACUUUUACAGUCUUUUUUUGUUUGCUUUUUUUAUUAAUUGGUGUGCAAAACUGAAGAGACUUAAGUGAACUAAACCAUAUUAUGUUCAUGUAAGACAUAAGCCAAAUGAUUAAAAAUAUUCUUGUGCAUGUUGUUCCUCUUGGCUACGUCAGAGUAAACAAAUAAACUUUACCAUUACAGCAGUGUUACAUUAGCAUAAAUUUUCUCUUUUUCUCUCUGUUCAGGAUUUGAAGGUCGAGCAGGGAUGGCCGCCAUUGUCUUAAAACCAGAUCAUAAACUAGACGGGUCAAAACUCCACGAGCAUUUAGCCCAGGCUCUUCCUGCAUAUGCCUGGCCCUGGUUCCUCAGGAUACAGGUGAGUGAGCAUUGGUAACUGAAAAUUACUGACUGACACUAAUAACAGAUAUGUUUGUUUGUUUGUUUUACAUUUUUUAUUCACUUUACAGCUCUGUGAAAGAUUCAUCGUGUUAAAACUUGAGGACUUUUUUCUCUGAAUACUUGCAGCACAUAUUUCCCAAACUAUGAUUAUGUCAUCCUCCUCCGUUUAAAGAUUCCUGUUAUAUGCAACAUUAUAAGUAUUUGCUCUAUAUUUCAACCCCUGUGUCUGUUUGCAUUCAAGAAUGCCCUGGAUGUGACAGAGACAUUCAAGCAGCAGAAGGUGAAGCUGGUUCAGGAGGGUUUUAAUCCGGACGUCACUCAGGAUCCUCUCUACUUCUUGGACGUCUCUCAGAGGGAUUAUAUUCCUCUGACUGUGUCUCUCUAUGAAGACAUUGUUUCAGGAAAGAUUAAAUUAUAAAUAUUUUAACACAAGAUUACUCAGUAAUUCACUGUACAUAAAAAGAUAAGCUAAAGGUAAAACAUUUAGAGGCCAUAUUUUUUCAUUUCUGCACUUAAAAACUUUUGUGACUGAUCAGAACAUUGACAUGACUUUAACUUCAUCUGUCGUCUCUAACAGUCUGAAUUUAGUGGGUAUUUAUCAUCAUUUAUACGAAAGUAUAAAUUUUCUAUUUAAUAUAAAUAUUGAAUUUAAAGUGAACUUAGCCACAGUGAAGUAACACACUGUUUUCUUUUUAUGAUUUUAAAGCCUCAGGUUUAACAUGUUAUUAUCUUUUUUAAAGCAGGGACUCACUAUUUUUGGACAAAUACACAAUGUACAUCUUUUACUUUGACAUACAUUUCGUCUUUUACUUUGACAUGUUUGUGUAAGUGCAACUUGUAAACUACAGAAAAUGCUAACUCAAAGACAUACCAGGAUUUAUAACCUUAGUAUAAGAAGAUUUUAUAAUCUUUAGACACUACAUUCAAGCACAAUGACCAACAAUAAAAGGAAAUAAAUGUUUAUGUAAACUGCAGAUUAAUUUCUAUAUAUGAAUUAGAAAUUUUGAGAAAAAUAAAUAUGUAAUGACACAUUUUUCAUGUACCAAAUGAUAUGACUUUGGUUUUCCAAAGGAAUAAAAAGUGUGUUUUUAUA